GACAAGCAGGCAGAAGUCCAGUUGAACAUCUGACUGCGUGGCACACAGGUCAAUCCUCCAGUAGCUCCAGAAGAAGUAGAAGACGCUGGGAGACAGACGAUACAGCAUCACAGGACACCUGAGGGAGAAAGACCAGAGAACAUUGCCUGCUGUAGACCAGAGGAAGAAGAAGUGCCUUUUUGUCAACUUUUCACAGCAGUGACACUGAACAGACAGAGUCCUGACCAUGAGAAGUGUGUGUGUGUGCUUCUGCGUGGCUCUGCUGCUGCCCUGGUGCGUCUGGAGCCAGAGGAGCAGUCCCGCUUUUGCUAAACUUGAUGAGGACACUCAGAGGGAAGUGCUUGCUGUCGACAUCCUAAACCGCAGCGGUAUGUUGAACUCAUUGCUCCGAUCAGAGCAUCACACUGUGCUCCGGCGAGAACGAGCCCCACGCCCAUCCUCCCAGGUGCCAAAGCGAGCCCAGCAGGGGUCGCGCUUCGCCCUGUCCCUCGAUGUGCCCACCAGCAUCCUCAGUGUCCUCAUAGAUCUGGCCAAGAACCAGGACAUGAGAACCAAGGCGGCGGCCAACGCAGAAUUAAUGGCACGAAUAGGCAAGAGGAAAUAAGAAGCACGGCCUCUGGGGGCUCGCAGAGGCUCUAUGGACAAAAUCCCACCUCACAGAAGCGUUGUUACAUUGUGGCACCUGCUUAGAAACAAAGUUAGCUCAGGUGAAAACAGUCAUUACAGCAAACAUCUGUCCUUUAGAGCUUAGAUCUGCUUUACUUUUAUACCUCGCUCCACACCCAAACCACUCCAUAGAUUCUUGAAACAGAAGUUAAAAGAAAGAACAAUGUCAAACAGAAAAGGACUCCGUAAAAAGAAGCUGGUCU